GUUCUCAGGGGCUCUUUCACGCGUUCCUCUCUACUAUCCAGUCGACCAAGAACACCAACGAACCCUGGUUAAACGUUAUUCAACCAAAUGCAGAUCAAAGCAAGCGUCCCCGCGCCAGAAGCCCAAGCCCAGCCUGCUGCGGCGACCAAGGUCGUCCUCGCUGGGAAGUUAUUUGACCCAUACACGCUCGAACUUCUUGAAAACCAAGCCAUAACAAUAUGUAACGACUCAGGAAUGAUACUCGAGGUUACACCAUUCUCAAACAACGGCAAUGACUUUGCGUCCUUUGAUGGUGAAGUAAUAGAUCUUCGGCACUUGACGGUUCUGCCAGGCUUCGUUGAUACCCACGUUCACUUCUUCUUGCAUCCGUACGCGGAGACCUCAUGGGAUGAUCAACUUACCAAAGAGAGUAUCGUUGAGCGUACUAUUAGAGCCACCGUACACGCCAAAAGUACUUUAAUGGCAGGCUUUACGGCUGUGCGCGAUCUAGGUACCGAGGGUGCAGGGGACGCUGACAUUGCGCUGCGCAAAUGUCUAUCGGGGCCUGGUGCCAUCAUACCCGGCCCGAGGUAUUUUUGUGCCACAAGGGCGAUUGCGCCCACCGGAAGUUAUGGUCCAAAGAGUUCCCUCUAUGUGAACAAAGAAGGCAUCGAUGGUGUCACCGGUGUGGAGGUGGCGGAUGGAUGCCAAGAGUGCGUCAAGACCAUCAGAAGGCAAAUUGGGGCAGGGGCUGAUUGGAUCAAGAUCUAUGCAGACUACCGUGUUCGAUCGCGGGUUUCUGAGGUGUCGCGUAGGGUUGGGGCUGCGUCCAUGGCUACGUUCGAUUAUGAUGAGCUGAGGGCAAUGAUCUCAACUGCCCAUUCGUAUGGGGUUAAGGUUGCCGCCCAUGCAACUAAUAGGAAAACCAUCACAUACCUGCUGAGUUCUGGAGUGGACUCCAUCGAGCACGGAUACGAUAUGACCGCUCCUGACACAACUGCAGUCGAGCUUCUUGAAGAAUAUGCAGGCCUUAAAACCAAAUAUGUACCUACCCUCGCGGCGUAUUACACCAUGACCCAGGGACAAGGAGAGAUCUGGGAUCACGCCGUCAAUACUUUCAAGGCAGCCCUGGAACUGGAUGUGGGCAAUAUUGCAUGCGGGGGCGAUACUGGGGUUUUCGCUCACGGUGGCAAUGCGUUGGAGCUCUCGCUCAUGGUGCGUCUGGGUGCUGACUGGAAGAAAGUGCUUAGAUGGGCGACGUUGGGCGGUUGGGAGUGUAUACGAUCGAGGACGUGGGAAGGGAAGGUAGGAGAGACCCGACUCGCCCAGGUAGGCGAUCUCAAGGAGGACCCAAGGAUAGUUGGAGAUAAUGAGGUCCCAUUUGGGGUCGUGAGGAGAGGGUUCAUCGCCGACUUGAUUGCAACACCGGGAAACUUUGCGGCAGAUUUCGAAGGCGCGGUAUCCGCGGAAAGCAUCCAGUUUGUCAUGAAAGGUGGCAGGAUCUAUAAACGUGACGGUCUACCUCUUGUGUAACAGGUACUUGUGAUAUAUGGAUUUUAUGCUGCUCACGGCGGCGAUCUGGAU